AUGUCCACUACCUAUUAUACUCAAUACGAAGAAGAAACUGAAAAGCAGCUUGCAGAAAAUAUCAACCACUUGGAAUCAUUAACAUAUCCAGGAUCUAAAAUUACUUUUGAGGUGGAUCCGGUUGAAUUACCUAAACCAGAUCCAAAUCUAAAGGUCUUCUUCUUUGAUAUUGAUAAUUGCUUGUAUGAAAAGUCAUCUAAAAUACACAACUUGAUGCAUAUAUCAAUAUUAAGAUACUUUCAAUAUCAUUUAAACUUAUCAGAGGAAGACGCUAGGCAGUUACACUUGAGAUAUUAUAAAGAUUAUGGUCUUGCAAUUAGAGGUCUAGUGACUCAUCAUAAUAUUGAUGCAUUGCAGUACAAUAAAAUGGUAGAUGAUAGCUUGCCUUUACAAAAUAUAUUAAGUCCAAAUUUAACUUUAAGAAAUUUAUUGAUUGAAUUAAAAGGGAAUAAACAAGUGGAUAAACUCUGGCUUUUCACUAAUGCUUAUAAGAAUCAUGGACUACGUUGUGUCCGAUUAUUAGGUAUUGCUGAUUUAUUCGAUGGAAUAACUUAUUGUGAUUAUUCUCAACCUGAUAACCUAAUUUGCAAACCAGAUGUAAAAGCUUUUGAGAAAGCUAAGUUACAGAGUGGUUUAGGAGACUACAAAAAUGCAUGGUUCAUUGAUGACAGUGGAAGUAAUAUAAAGACUGGAGUUGAGUUAGGUUUUAGAAAAUGUGUACAUGUUGUCGAGGAUGAGAAGGAUUAUUAUCACCAAUUACUUGGGAAUGCACCAGAGGCGACACCUAUCAUAAAAAAUAUUAGAGAUCUAAAAGAUGCAGUUCCUGAAUUAUUUGAGAGAUUCUACGAACCUCUAAAUUAUGCAUUCAAAUAA